GACGUCAUCUCGUGCGCCGGAAGUGAUCCCUCUGGGACCGUGAACACCAUAGAGACGGGAGGAGCCGCCCGGAGUGACCCGUGAGAGAGAACAGAGACCCCCGGAGUGACCCUUUACUAGAGACGCCCGGGUGUGACAGGAAAGGAGGGGCACUGCAACAGUGUCGCGGAAUUCCCGACACCCCGGAAGUGACUGGAGAGGACAAAAGCCCUGGGAAGGAGCGGAGAAGAAAGGAACCCCGUGUAGUGAAUCGUCAGCAGAGAGACAGCAGCCAGAGAGAAGCCCUCGCUGGCGGCAGGGAGCCCGGCAGAGGGUGUGUCCCUGCGUCUGGUGCUCGCUAGGUCAUCUGUUGGCUGCUCAUUUGACUCUGCAGAGGCCGGCUGCUCCCCCAAUUACUGGGACAUUAAGUAUAACUACAGGAGGUACGGGGCUGUAAAGCAGUGUUAUCCUAGCAAACAUGCCAUUUCCCUUUGGGAAGUCCCACAAGUCUCCUGCAGACAUCGUGAAGAACCUGAAGGAAAGCAUAGCAGUACUGGAGAAGCAAGACAUCUCGGACAAGAAAGCAGAAAAGGCAACUGAAGAAGUGUCUAAAAACCUGGUGGCAAUGAAGGAGAUCCUUUAUGGGACGAAUGAGAAGGAACCUCAGACUGAAGCCGUGGCACAGCUUGCUCAGGAACUGUACAACAGCGGCCUCCUUGGAACUUUAGUGGCUGAUCUCCAGCUCAUUGACUUUGAGGGCAAGAAGGAUGUGGCUCAGAUCUUCAAUAAUAUAUUACGGAGGCAGAUUGGAACCCGGACCCCAACAGUGGAAUAUAUAUGCACCCAGCAGAAUAUUCUCUUCAUGCUGUUGAAAGGGUACGAGUCUCCAGAGAUUGCUUUGAAUUGUGGAAUCAUGCUGCGGGAGUGUAUCAGACAUGAACCACUUGCCAAGAUUAUUUUGUGGUCUGAGCAGUUUUACGACUUUUUCCGAUAUGUAGAGAUGUCAACCUUUGAUAUCGCUUCUGAUGCCUUUGCUACGUUUAAGGACCUAUUGACUAGGCAUAAACUCCUGAGUGCCGAGUUUUUGGAACAGCAUUAUGAUCGGUUCUUCAGUGAAUAUGAGAAAUUGUUGCACUCAGAAAACUAUGUGACGAAAAGACAGUCCUUGAAGCUACUUGGUGAACUUCUUUUGGAUCGACACAAUUUCACCAUCAUGACAAAGUAUAUCAGUAAACCUGAAAACCUCAAGCUGAUGAUGAAUCUGCUACGUGACAAGAGCCGCAACAUCCAGUUUGAAGCUUUCCAUGUGUUUAAGGUAUUUGUAGCCAACCCGAACAAGACACAGCCUGUCCUGGAUAUCCUCCUCAAGAACCAGAGCAAGCUGAUUGAAUUCCUCAGCAAGUUUCAGAAUGACCGCACUGAGGACGAGCAGUUUAACGAUGAGAAAACCUACCUAGUGAAACAAAUCCGGGACCUGAAAAGACCUGCACAGCAAGAGGCCUGAAGUGGACGGUGGGGGGGAGGGAGGAGCCCAAACCCAGCGCUUGCUGCGAGAGUAUUCAGUAUCCCGUGGACUUUGAGAGCAACAUCCUAACUUCUACCCCAGAGUUACCCUAUUCCAUUGCAUUUGAAGUUUUAGUCCGAGUGUAACCCCUUCUCUGAUGGAAGAACCCAGACGCUGCCAUAUUCUGCUGCAGCUCAGGGGUUGAAAGAUGAAUGCAUAACUACUUUAUGUUCUUUAUUUUUUUUUCCCCUUACACCUAUACUGAGCAAGAUGGACUUCCUCUCCCUUCUAUCCUUUAUGUUGCAUCAACACGGGAUUGAGACUCGCUGGUUAUCACAGUAUCAGGGUGCAAAAGUGAAAUGAAACGAAAAAAAAAAAAAAAAAAGAGGUCUUAGAGUCUCGAGCGAGUGUGUAGUACCUAGUCUGGGUUUUGGAUAAGAUGGCAUACAUGUAGUUAAUAAUUUUCUUUUUUUUAUUGCAACGCAUUGCAUGCUUGCAGCAAAAAAACCUGAGCGGAAAAAAACAUCAACACAAAAUCUGGUUUCCAUCAGCAUAUUUGCACAUAAACUUGUUAGAAGAGAAAUUGAGCACAAAAUCAGAUCUGUGCAUAGCUGGUACCUUAGUUUUGAAAUAACAAUAUGCCUUGAUUUCAAACUGAAAUAUCCAAUAAAAUACAACAGCGCAGUGCUUUUAUUCGUAAUGCCGCGCAGUGGGGUGGCCCACUCUGCGGAGGGUGAAUAGGAACGGAGGUUUGGCUCUGCAGUAAAUGCAUACAUAUUUUGUGUGGAUUGAGAGGCGCUUAUUACAGAUGGGGAUAUGUAAAGACAAGUGUACAUUCAUUAUAUAUGCCUUUCAAUUGCUUUCUUUUUUUUCCCCUCGCUUUCUUUAGUAGCGUCAUUCUUGUUUUACUAGGUGUAGGAGGUAGAGAGGGAUAUGCAGCAUCUUAUGUCUUAAAUGGCAAACUACUUCUUCAUUUCAUCAUUCGUAAAGCCAGCAAAAGCAAUAAUGUUACAUGUCUCUAUCACAUGUAUAUAGAACAUCCUCUUGCCAAAUAACGCCACUUCCACGUGUCUUGGGUAACUAUAAGGGAGUCAUCAGCUCUUGGCUGUUUGAGGAGCUGCACUGAUUGUGAUCUAUAGUGGGGGGCAUGCUCGGGCAGGCUUGGUUAGCUACCGCUUCGCUUUUGAACAUAACAUGCUGCUUUAGUCCUCCGCUCUCCUCGCCACUGAGGAGGUUGACAUUUACCUAUCUAUCUCCCUGACAUUUUAUAGUACAGGGGGAUGGGCCUUGUGUGAUUUAUUGCUUUUACCCUGAAAACCCCAAAUUCAGCAGAGCUUCCACCCCUGAUCCCACAUCACAGAUGGGAAGAGCGUAUUGCCGAAUUUUUCGGUUAACAUGCCUACGUGUGUGGAUGGAGUCAGAAGUGCUUGGCCUUGGAUGAAAUGCUGGUCCCUCUGUACCGGUGGGAAGUCUGGCAGGUUGUGAAUCGUUGCAUCUACAUUGCUAGCUAUGAAUGGAGUUGCUUGGGUGGUGGAAUGAGCAGGGUACACGAGGGUAAUCGUAUCCUACAAGCUUGCAUUGUAAACUAUUAUUGCCAGACACAAGAGAAAAAGAACAUAUCAGUCUUGCAAAUGCUUUAAACUGAGUUUCUGAAGAAAGACCUGAGCAGACAGCCAGAGUUUUUUUUUAUUUUUUAUCUUAUUUAUUCCACACAGGGUUUUCUGCCUGGUGCAUGCAGCAGGGACAGUGCAUGCCAUUUUUAUUUCAUGUAGGGAACCACUACCACUGCGGUUCUAUUAACGCCCCCCAAGUCUCCCCUAGGACAAUGCUGAAACCAAAGCCUCGGGUGAAGGGGUAAACACUCGCUUCAUGCAGAUUUGCUUUGGGUUACUUUGGAUUCUCUGUGUACAUACGUUUUUGGCCUCUUAUUCGUAAAGAAAAAAAUAAUAAUAAUAAACUGUACAGCAAAGGA